AUGAACCUAUCAAUCUUUAAGAAAAAAUCAUUAGUUGUCAAGUCAGAGGAGAUACUGAGCGUUUUAGGAAAUAAGAGUGAAGCUCUAAAAGUGAAUUCUAGUAGUAGAUAUUUGGGGUUUAUAAUGACUGGCACAUGUGUGUUUGAUAUCAAAGAAGAAGUCAAACCAUAAUCUAGUAUUGAAAAAAUAAACUAGGAAUUUCUGUGCAAUUUUCUGACAAAUAUGAUUCUUUAAUCUCAUUUUUAACUUGAUUCUAGCAAAGAAGAUGAUUAGGCAGAAUCAAUCAUUGAACUUGAGAUAUUCUCAAUUAAAAAAAGUUCCCAGAUCUCUGAAAUGCUAGUUCAAAUCUAAAAUGAAGACCAAUCUUUUAAAACUCAUGAGUUAAGUACUUUCACCAUAAAUUAGGAUUCUUCUUUGAUUUAAUAGUCAUUUGACAACAGGCUUAAAGUCCUAACGAAUAUUAGGAAGUUAGGAGAAAUCGAUCUACGAAAUUUAAAGUACUUUUAAACAAAGGGUAUUCUUGAUGAUUACAUUAUCAAAGGCCAUUUUAGUGUCUAGUAUAACAUUUUGCUUUUCAAACUUUAACAAAAAUAGAUAAAUUAAUCACAAUACAACAAAGUUAUUCUGCCUAAGCUUGUCAAUAAUCUUGAAGAGAAGCACAACAAUACACAAAAGGAUCAUUCCAUAAAAAAUCUAAUUUCACAAAAAAAUCAUUCCUAAAUAUUAAAAAAUAUGCCAGUAAAGCAGAUCAAUAAUGAACCUGAAAAUAGCAGUAGAUAAAAACAUAGUAAAAAUUCAUUUGCAAAAGCUAGGUAUAGCUAGGAGGACAUACAAAGUCAAGUCUAGCUCAAUAAUAACUUAAAGAGUAGUGAAAACAAAUAGUCAAAUUUCAAAAAGCUUUUUUCUAUAUUCAACUAAAAUAGAGUGCAGCCGGCAAAGGAUAAGCUGAACUCUUAAAAUUCAUAUUAAAUCAAUGAUUCCUAAGAUAUUAUCCCUGAAAGUUUCAAUAAAAUGAAUGACAUAUCCAAAAAUGAAGAUAAAACUAUGAUAAUUGAGAAUGAGACAGAUUAGAGUAGUAUUGGCAUAGCUGCUUAAACUAAGUUUGGAGCUAAUAUUAAUAUUGCAAAAGAGGCUUACAUUCGUUAAACUGAAUCAAACUCAUUUACCUAAAUUAAGCUAAUAGACUAAAACCUAAGUGCUAUUGACAAUCCAUGCGACAUCUCAUAAUCGAAGAUUAACAUGCUAUGA